AAUAAAUUCAAAAUUAUUCAGUAAAAUUUGUAAACAAGCCAAAAGCUGCACAAAAAUUUAAAAUUUUUUGAAUUCAAUUUAAUUAAAUAUAUAGGAUGGAGAAGCUCGAAAAGCUAAUUGAUCCAGAUAAUUGCAUGGUCUGCGGGAUACUUAUGGGUUGCUACAAGAAUUCUCUAACAGUAGUGACUAGUUAUACUCAAAAGCCGAUAUUUCAACUUAUUGAGGAAUUUACAAAUACACAUUUCUCAGAGGAUAUAGUCAAUGAAGGCGGUGUAUGCGAUUCAUGCAUAGAGAAGUUUUAUGAAUAUGAUCAAUAUCAAAAUUUGGCUCAAAAGAUACAGGAAGAAAUUGUCAGCCUCUUUGACUCCUCAGUCAGUGAAAAUGAUGAUCAGCAAGGAGAUUUAAAUGAUCAAGAAGUGAAAUCAGAAUUGAUUGAGGAUGAUGAGAUAGUUUAUGAUAAUAUUGAGGAUGUAAAAGCGACUGAAUUACUUUUAGCGGAAGCGAUGAUAGAAACUGCUAAUGACAAUCAGUCAGUCGAAGUAGAUCUAGUUGAGGUUGACUUCCUUGACAAUACAAAAUUACCUAGAGAGUUUCAAAGUCCUGAAGAUAAGCAUAAAGUUAUCAAAUCAAAGUUCAUUAAAUCUGAAGGAGACGAUUCGGUGAUUGUCGUUCAGUUGGACAAUAAUGCUAAGCUGUUUCAGUGCGAGAUUUGUGAGCGAACAUUCAAGGAAAAGUCUAAACUCAAGUCACAUCGACAGAUACAUACAACUGAACGGAACUUUGUCUGUCCUACUUGCAAUAAGGCUUUCAAAACACAAGCAUGCUUGCGAUCGCAUAGACGAGUCCAUAAUCCAGUCACGAUUGAGUGUGACUAUUGUGGAAAGCUGUAUACACAAAAACCUGAAUUAAUUAAGCACAUCAAUUUUGUACAUUUUAAUAGACGUGAUUAUCACUGUGAAAUUUGCAACGCCUCAUUUGGAUGUAAAGGACAUUUAAAGGCUCACUAUUUAACGCAUCAGCAGUUUAGAGGAAUUUCAUGUGAAGUCUGUGGUUAUUCAUUCCAUACACGAGCUAAGCUACAAAGACAUAUGAAAUCACAUAGUGGUGUUCGAGAUUAUGAGUGCGGGAUAUGCCAUAAAAGAUUCCUCUAUUCCUACAACGUAAGUGCUCACAUCAGACAUGUUCAUUGGAAAGAAAAGAGAAAAGUUGAUGAGUCAUCAAGGACGUGCAGUGUCUGUUCAAAGAAAUUCCAAAAGAUUUGGAAGCUACGCGAGCAUCUACAAGUUGAGCAUCAACUGAUUGAGACCGAAAUUAUUGAUGAAUGUGAAAUAUUGGAGGAUGGCGAGACAAUUGAAAUGGAAGAACUUGUGGAAGCAUAAAAAAUGAAGUUUAUUAUGUCAAAAUAUAUUGUUUGUUAAGUAAAGAAUAAAAGGCAAAGAAUAAGCAGACGAAAAAGAAAUUCAAAAUGUUCGUCCACAAAUAUUUACUCUCAC